GUCAUUUCUUUCAAAAAUUUGUUUUUUUUACUAUCAUAAUAUUUAUUUCAUAUCAUAGUAAAACUUCGUAAUUGUUCAUCUUUGCUGCACUUAGAAGCUUCUUCGGAUAGCUUAGUUUAGAGCGUCGAACAAAAGACCCGGAAGUUAGCAUCGCAUGCUAAAGCGAGUCAAAAUAACAUGGUGACACUGUGAAAAUGUGUAAAGUCCAAAUGCUGAGAGAGUUGGCGAAGGAGCGACUUUGUGCCGCCGCGGAAGAAAUAUUUGUCAUGUUCGAAAGAACGAUAGCAGAGUACGAGGAGGAACUUUGUCGAACAAAAGAGAAGAACGAGCAACAACGUCAACUACUGGACGCUGUUUUCAAGCAUGGACUGGAAACACACAGAGCAGACGUCGGUGAAGUAGCUUUUCCCCCUGAGCUGCAGGUGUGGGGCACCAGGAUGGAGCGAGAGGAGCCAAAGCCCCCCCACAUUAAGGAGGAGCAUGUGUGUACUCGGGAGGAUGCCGACAUCAGCAAGUUUGCAGUGACCCAUGAGGCGGCCCAGAGUGAAAAUGAUGACGACGAAGCUCGGCUGUCCCAGCUUGAUGAGAGUCAAAGUUCAGAGAAGAGAAGAUGGGAAGCAGACAGCCUCUUAGCUGCGCUGCCAGACGUUAGGAUGGAGCAGGAGGAGUCACAGUCCCCCCAUGUCAAAGAAGAAGAGGAGGAGCAAGCUUGGACUCGGCAAGACGCCGACGUCAGAAAGUUCCCGGUGAUUCGUGUUAUUGUGAAAAGCGAAGAAGAUGAAUCUCAGUGGUCACAGCGCGAUCACAGGCAAAGUGAGGAGAAGAGAAAAUCAGACGCAAACCGCCCGCUGACUCCGCUGUUGGAUAGCGACGACACAACGUCACAAUCUCCUGACACUGAUGAUGAUGAAGACUUAAACGCUAACAAGACUCGUCACGCUGACAAGAAACACUUAAAAUGCUCUCAAUGUGACAAAACGUUUAGUGAACGGAGGAUUUUGAAGCAACACAUAAGGGUCCACACGGGGGGAAAACCCUUCACUUGCUCAGUUUGCAGUAAAAUCUUCAAAGUGAAGGAAUAUUUAAUCAUUCACAUGAGGACGCACACAGGAGAAAAACCGUUCAUCUGCUCUAUUUGUGGCGGAAGAUUCUCUCAAAAGGGCAGUUUGAUGAAACACACGAGAACACACACGGGAGAAAAACCCUUUUCUUGUUCGAUCUGCGGCAAAACCUUUGCCGCGAAGGGACACUUGACCGCACACACAAGGACACACACCGGCGAAAAACCGUAUUCCUGCUCAGUGUGCAACACGAGUUUUAGCGAUAGUUCAGCACUAGGGAGGCACACACGAACACACACUGGUGAGAAACCUUUCAUUUGUUCACUUUGUGGCGAAAGGUUCGCUCAAAAGGGCAAUUUAAUGGCGCACAUGAAUAGACACACUGGCGAUAAACCGUUUUCCUGCUCCUUCUGUGGUCAAACAUUCUCUCGAAAGGGGAUUUUGCUGAAACACACGAGAAGACACACUGGCGAGAAACCGUUUAGGUGUGAUAUGUGCAAUAAAAGUUUUACUUACAAGUACCAGUUGAACAAACACAAGUGUGCUGGUGUAAAGCACUAAGUGAAAUAAUGUAUGACCACACUAGGAUAUGAGAUGAUGAAAUGUAUCAUGUUAUAAAUCAAUUAUCCAUAUCUUCUUCCUGUGUGCAUCUGUUCUGAAAUAAAUGUAUUCGCACUUAAUUACUAAUAAAU